AUGCGCCAACAUAUCUAUUCGAAGAUUUUCUCAUUUUUCUCUCUUUUCUCUUUUUUUCGUUUUUCUCACUUUACUCUCUUCACUCAUUUUCUCUCUUUUAACUUUUUACUCAUUUUUCUCUUUUCUUAUUUUUCUCUCUUUUCUCAUCUUACUCAAUUCUCUCCCGUUUCUCUCUUUUCUCAUUUUCCCCACUUUUCUCUUUUUUUCUCUUCUUUCUCAUUUUUUCUCUUUUCUCAUUGUUCUCGCCUUUCUCUGUUGUCUUAUUUUCUUUCUCUUUUUUCAUUUUUUCUGCUUUCUUUUUUGUCACUUUUUUUUUCUUUUCUCAUUUUCCUCUUUUGUUUUGUCUUCGUGUCUUGCAUUUUUCGUCUUGAUUCUUCCGCCUCUAUUUGCACCUAUUUCUUUCUUUCUUUCUUUCUUUCUUUCUUUCUUUCUUUCUUUCUUUCCAAAGACUCCUCCCGUUUCCUACUCGAUGCAUUGAUGUUCAUAUACUCAAUUAUCUAUCUAUCUAUCUAUCUAUCUAUCUCUAUCUAUCUAUCUAUCUAUCUAUCUAUCUAUCUAUCUUAA